CCUCAAAGGAAAUCUAACCAUCUCCUUCUCAGUGUCAAUUUGAAAGCUCCGUUCCCAUUAUUUCCCUAUUCCAAUAAUUGCAAAUCGUAACUUGCUACCAGGAUGUCCCUCAAACCGCAGACCACGCCGCCACCCACCUCCCACGUGAUCCUCAGUUAUCCCGCCCCCUAUGUCCUCCUCGUCACCAUCAACCGUGAGAAAGCCAUGAACAGCAUUCCGUUCGCAGGACACUGGGAAAUGGGCGAGGUGUUUGACUGGUUUGACCGGGAGCCCAACCUCCGUGUUGCUAUCAUCACUGGCGCGGGCAAGAAGGCGUUCUGUGCGGGUCAAGAUCUAAUUGAGCUUGGCAAAUUACGGACAGCAAAGGAAAAGCCAAAUCCGGCAUUAAUGAAGCAUCCAUUGAGUGGCUUUGCUGGAAUCAGCAGGAGGGCGGGCAAGAAGCCAAUCAUUGCGGCUGUCAAUGGUUUUGCGCUUGGUGGAGGAUUUGAGAUUGUGCUUGGAUGUGACAUGGUCGUAGCCUCCCCAACUGCAACUUUUGGUCUCCCAGAAGCUUUACGCGGCAUCUAUGCGGGAGCAGGUGGACCAGCGCGACUGGUUCGCAACGUCGGUAUCCCCAUUGCCAGUGAAAUGGCAUUGACAGGGCAACCUAUUAGUGCACAACGGGCCAAAGAACUCAACCUUGUAAACCGGAUAUCUCCUUCUCAGGAGACAGUCGUAGAUGAGGCUCUUAAGUUGGCGAACGCCAUCGCCAACAUUUCACCAGAUUCAGCGAUCGUAACUAGAGCUGGCUUGAAGGAGGCAUGGGAAACUGGUAGCGUUGAACGAGCUACACAGCUCACGUUAGAGCGGUACAAUGAAGCACUGAACUCUGGGGAGAAUGCAAUGGAGGGAUUAAUGGCGUUUGCAGGAAAAAGGAAACCGAAUUGGAAGCCAUCUAAACUGUAGAAUAUCG